GCUGGUCCUUAUUUUUCAACUUUAUAAUAAAUUGUGCGGCACCCCCUAAUUUUGUUUAUUUUUAGAUAAUAAUGAUUUUUGUUGAGUUUCGUAAGAUUUACUUACCCCCUUCGGGUGCCGAAUGAGGGUUGAAAAUCCACUGAAUAGGGUGGUUUUUUAGUUUUCGGCUAAUAUCUCAACAACAAAAGCUCAAAACGAAAAAUUGUAUAGAAUAAAAAUUAUAGACCUUAAUAUUUUCUAUAUAAAUUGUAUCUUUACAAAUUCUCGUUGGUUGAUUUUUUUCCUCGCCAGGACAAAAACAAAAAAAUAUUUUAAUAGUUCGGUACAUCAAACAAUUAUAAAAGUAUUUACGUUUACAGGAACAACUGAUUAUAAUAUAUACAAAAUAAAUCAUAAAAAGAUUAUAAAAUAUACUCUAUAAUAUAAGUUUAAAAAAAUGCAUUUUAUAAAUUAGCACACUAAGGUGUCAAUGAAAGUACUAGUAUUUCUUUACAUAAUUGACAUUUAAACAUGUUGUGAAUAUCUAGUUUAUUUAUUGCUGAAAUUUUCAUUUAACAAUAACUGGAAAAUUUUGAUAAGUUUGGCUACUUUAGUAAUACGAUCAAUUUAUUAUAAUAUUUUAUUUACAACUUGUUUUUUUUACUCGUUUGUUCCGCGGUUCAUGCGUUUUGGUAUUGUUUAGUGUUUUUUAUUUAUUCAUUUAUUCAGCUUAAUUAAUUUUUUUGAGAUAUUUGAAAAUGACGCAAGAAUUUAUUUAUUUAAUUGGCCCAACUAAUAUUCAAAUUCUUGGCAGCAAAUUACCCUCCAUAGGUGACUGUAUGCGUGUAUUAUUUUAUAACAUGCGUUUUGCCAAAAUGACGUUGUCUGAAAGUUGUCUACUAGUAAUAGAGGAAUGUUUAAUUUUUUGGAGAAAAGCACGGAUUCCAACAAAAGAUAAAUCACACUGUGUAAAAAAGUUGAAAAAGGAAUAUGACGCUUGGAGGGCACUGGAAAAAAGUAAAAACCAUGGAAGCGAACAUCAAAAGAAUAAAGAAAAAAAUUAUAUAGAAAGUCUAAAUAAUCUUUUCGAUAUUGCUCAUCAAGAUGCACUAAAUAUAAUAAGUAUUGUAGAAGAUAGAAAAUUUUUGCUCUCACAGAGACUCCCCGGACGCCCCGGUUUUAUGCUUGGUGUAGAUAUGGUUCUUAAUGCUAAAGAAAAAAGAAAAGAAAAAAAAAUUGAAAAAGAAUUGAAUAAAAAAAGAAAACAUGAAUCAGAAGCCUUAAAGUUAUUCUCAGUUGAAACACUGUCAGAUAGGUCAGUAAGUUCGGAGGAGUUGAACAAUGAAAACCUGAUUUUAGAAGAACCUCAACCAGGUCCUUCUGGUACAAAUAGAGGCACAAUUCAGUUAAUUACACCUAGAUUAUCAGCUGCAUUAGACAAAUGCAAAAUUAGCGACCGUGAUGCCGUUCAUAUACUAUCUGCGUGCCUUGAUAGUUUAUCCAUCGAUCAAAAUAAUUACAUUUUAAAUAGAACAUCCAUUAAAAAUAUUCGGCAACAUUUUCGGAAGGAAAGCGCAGAUAAGGUAAAGUCUGAUUUUUUAAACAAAAAAGUUAAUUUUGUGGUAGUUCACUGGGAUGGUAAAUUACUACCCGAUUUGACUGGUCAAGACAAAGUAGAUCGUCUACCAGUAAUUAUAACUAGCCCUGAUUUAGAGCAGUUACUUGGUGUCCCUCAAAUACCAUCUGGAACAGGGCUAGAAAUAUCAUCUGCAGUAUAUGAUAACCUUGCAAAGUGGUCUUUAUUGGACAAAUUUCAAGCAUUUGUAUUCGAUACAACAGCAUUGAAUACUGGGCGUAUAAACGGGGCUUGUACACUUUUAGAACAAAAGUUAGAUAGGGAUAUUUUAUAUCUUGCAUGCCGCCACCAUGUUUACGAGUUGCUUCUCCAAACUGCAAUUGCUGAAACGAAACUUCAUGUAUCAUCAGGCCCAGAUAUUGCCCUAUUUAAAAGAUUUAAAAGUACUUGGAAUAAUAUUAAUACUAAGAAUAUUAGCAUUUGGAAUACAAAUAAAAAUUUGGAAAAUAUUGUAUCUCCUAAACGCGAAAACAUUUUAUUAUUUUGUUAGGAGGCGAUUUUGAAAAAACAUCCUAGAAAUGACUAUAAAGAGUUUUUAGAGCUUGUAAUUAUAAUUCUAGGAGGAUCACCACCAGGAGGUAUUAUUAUUAGGCAACCUGGGGCUUAUCAUCAAGCAAGAUGGAUGGCUAAAGGCAUUUAUUGUUUGAAAAUUUUUUUACUUCAACAAGAAUUCAAAUUAUCCAAGUCGGAAGAGACUGCAAUAUGCAGAAUAUGUGCAUUUAUUAUAAAAAUUUAUAUAAGGCCGUGGUCUAUGGCUGACCAAUCAUGUGAAGCGCCACUAAACGAUAUGCACUUAAUAAGGACUCUAUAUGAAUAUAAAAAUGAUGAUAAAAUUAUUGCAGAUUCGUGUUUAAAAAAAUUUUUAAAUCAUUUGUGGUACUUUAAUCAAGAAUGUAUUGUUUUUUCAAUAUUUGAUAAUAGAGUUUCGUUAGAAACCCGAAAUAAAAUGGCAAAAAUUAUUUUAAAUAAUUUAUCUACUUACCCAUCAGAUCAAAGCGAUUUUGGUCCAAAAAAAUAUUUUUUAAAAAUAGAUAAUGUGGAGACGUUUCUGAAACAAGAGUUUUUUACAGAUAUGCUUGAACAAAGUUCGGGAUAUUUUUUUAUAAGAUUUAAUAUCGAUACAGAAUUUUUGAAAUUAGACUCCUCGAAUUGGGAAGGUGAUAAGUAUUACCAAGAAGCGAAAAAAAUAGUUAAAUCAAUCCGUGUUGUAAAUGACACUGCUGAAAGGGGUGUGAAAUUGAUGGAGGAGUUCAAUGAUAAACUAACGAAAAAUGAAGCACAAAAACAAUUUAUACUUCAAGUAAAUUGCAAUAAAAUAUAUAGAACGGAUUGCUAAAUUACUAAUUUAUACUUAACAUGUUUUAGGUCGUUCAGAAAUAUCGAAAAGUUUUUCCAGAUCACAAAAAAAAAUCGAUGACAGCAACAUUCUAAUUUAAAUGACAAUUAUGUAAAGAAAAACUAGUACUUUCAUUGACACCUUAGUAUGCUUAUUUAUAAAAUGCAUUUUUUUAAACUUAUAUUAUAGAGUAUAUUUUAUAAUCUUUUUAUGAUUUAUUUUGUAUAUAUUAUAAUCAGUUGUCCCUGUAAACGUAAAUACUUUUAUAAUUGUUUGAUGUACCGAACUAUUAAAUUAUUUUUUUGUUUUUGUCCUGGCGAGGAAAAAAAUCAACCUACGAGAAUUUGUAAAGAUACAAUUUAUAUAGAAAAUAUUAAGGUCUAUAAUUUUUAUUCUAUACAAUUUUUCGUUUUGAGCUUUUGUUGUUGAGAUAUUAGCCGAAAACUAAAAAACCACCCUAUUCAGUGGAUUUUCAACCCUCAUUCGGCACCCGAAGGGGGUAAGUAAAUCUUACGAAACUCAACAAAAAUCAUAAUUAUCUAAAAAUAAACAAAAUUGGGGGGUGCCGCUAUGUUUUGUUCAAUUUUUUUUUUUAGCCUUAGUAGAUAAAGACCAGCCUAAU